AUGUCUCGACUACCCUCACUCUCGAAUAUCAUUCAUAUUCGUGAUUUUAUUAAUACCGUUACGAAUAACCCGACUCGACAAGGCUCAUCUAACUACGAAGACGGCUUCUACUAUUCGGAUGUCGUCGUCAAGCCUAUUCGGGCGCGGAUUCGUGCCUAUCUGACCCAAGAGCAGCGGGAACUGUUUAUCCCUGACGCUUUCUUCUACGCAGACGGUCGCUUUUCUACUACCUUAUCUGCAGAUAAUACUUUGGAGAUAAACGUCCAGGCACUCAACCAAUGGUGUCCAAUGGUAACCAUCGUUGGCUCCGUGUCGUCUCGCAACAACGACAACUCCCUAGACCCUGCCCACGCUCGCCGCUUCGUGAUUGACACUUCCGUCUAUAACGCCUCUAACGCCGCACCGGUUCCAUAUUCUAUGGCCUGCUUCUUAGAGGAUUCUAAACGUUGGGCAAAGGUGAAGAUCCCUCAAGCAGGAACAUUCAUCACCCUUACCGCAAAGGUGGUGGGUCGUACGACUAACACGAACCUUCUGGCCCUCCGAAUCCUGGAUCUGGCCUAUUUACCAAAACUUGCACGGCACCGCAGACUCGCAAUCUACUCCUACUUCUCCCUCUACUACGGCACACCCCGAAGGCUCCUCGAAUAUACCGGCUCUACCAUCGAACUUCAACAGCGGAUCUCGGCCACAUCGUAA